GAGAUUAAAUGGGUGAGAACGGGAUAUGAAGGGAGAUUGGAGAAGAAGGGUAACACAACACACCAUCUUCCCCUAUCUUUUUGCUUUGGCCGACCAUUAAAGAGGGAGUUUCAUCCUUUCUCUUACUCCCUCUCUCUCCUUUUGCUAUACAAACAACCACAGGUCCUUCUUGGAUUUUCUCUUCACUCUGUUUUCUUUCUUUUUUUUUCUUUUCCAUUUCAAUAAAAUUUCCCAUUUUCAAUUCAAUUUAACUCGGGGUUUUAUAUUGAUUAAGAUUGUGCUGUUGCAUCAUGGCUCGGGUCUUAGUUCAAUCCACUGUGCCUUUCUUUAAUUGGUGCUCGGAAAAAUGGCUCAUCUCAAGGAGCUGGCAAAUCGAAAAGGUCAAUAAAGAUGAUGUGCAGCUUACAAGCACCUGGAUUGAGAAUGAGAAGCUUCUCAGGGUUGCGAGGCUCUAAUUGUUUAGACUCUAUGGUUAGAUCUGGUCAAGAUUUCCACUCCAAGGUGGCACUAACAAUAUCUUCAUGGCGAGGAAAGGCCAGCCGAUGUGUCCCGAAAGCAAUGUUUGAGCGCUUCACAGAAAAAGCAAUUAAAGUCAUUAUGCUUGCUCAAGAGGAAGCUAGACGCCUAGGCCACAAUUUUGUGGGCACUGAGCAGAUUCUCUUGGGCCUUAUUGGUGAAGGCACUGGUAUUGCUGCAAAGGUUCUUAAAUCCAUGGGAAUCAAUCUUAAAGAUGCGCGAGUGGAAGUAGAGAAGAUAAUUGGAAGGGGCAGUGGAUUUGUAGCUGUGGAGAUUCCAUUCACUCCUCGUGCAAAGCGUGUUCUAGAGCUCUCUCUGGAGGAAGCUCGUCAACUUGGCCAUAACUACAUUGGAUCUGAGCACCUACUACUUGGGCUGCUUCGGGAAGGUGAAGGUGUAGCAGCCCGUGUUCUUGAGAAUUUGGGUGCUGAUCCAAGUAAUAUCCGGACACAGGUUAUACGUAUGGUUGGUGAAAACAAUGAAGUUCCUGCUAAUAUUGGAGGAGGAUCUAGUAGCAACAAGAUGCCAACACUGGAGGAGUAUGGAACCAACUUGACAAAGCUUGCGGAGGAGGGCAAAUUGGAUCCAGUCGUUGGAAGGCAGCAACAAAUAGAAAGAGUCGUCCAAAUUUUAGGUCGGAGAACUAAGAACAAUCCAUGUCUUAUUGGGGAACCUGGUGUUGGAAAAACAGCAAUUGCAGAAGGUCUUGCUCAACGUAUUGCUAGUGGUGAUGUUCCUGAGACAAUUGAGGGGAAGAAGGUAGUUUGAUGUUUCUUCUACUUG